AUGGCUGGAUACAGCCAGGAGCCUGGACACUAUUUCCCUUCCUACUUCCCCACUGGUCAGAUGGGAUAUUCAGGCCCACAGACCCCUCAAAUGGGUGUAAGUGUGGCCCCAUUACAGAAGAAGGACUUCCAGCGGCCCAAUGUGAAAGAAUGUGUCGUGCCCCCGAACAAUGCUGAGUUUAAAGCUGCUCAGACCGCUUCAUCAAAGAAAGUUAGCAGUCAGCCCCAGGCCUUGGACACAGCGGUGUGCCAACGCAGAAAGAGGACCGUCUACAACCAGGUGCAGCUGGACACGCUAGAGCGAUACUUCAAGACCAACAUGUACCCAGAUAUCCACCACCGGGAACAGCUGGCUAAACAAAUGUACCUGCCCGAGUCCAGGAUCCAGGUCUGGUUCCAGAAUAGGAGGGCCAAGGCCAGACGAAAGGGCGUCAAAUCAACCAACUUGCCAGUAGAAGAGCCAUAUUCCAGCUCACUUGGUGAUAACAAAUACAUGUAUUCCUCUACACCGGCUACUCAUGUCCACCAACAACAAAUCCGCAAUUGUCAGGAAGAGGUGCAACCAUUUGGCAACACCCAACAGGACAUUUUCCAACAGCCUGAAUUCCUUGGAUACCCUCAAUACUCCUGCCAAGUGGCCAGGCAGAGACUAGUCAUUGACCAGGUAUCAUCCAGGGUUUAUCAGCAAGCUACAGCAUCUAGCCUACCCAUGGUAAACCAGCAACAUUUCUACAACCCAGCUAUGGGCUUCAGUCACCAAGGAAUAGACCUGAGCAGAGGACAGUUCCAUUCAAACGUGAAUUAUGCAAUGGAUUAUUCCAACUUUCUACCUAACAAGGCCACGUCUCCAGACAUAGGAGUAAACAUCCCACCAAUACCAGUCUCUACAGCUUCCGCCACCUGUCUUGGACGUAACUCUUUUCCCACCCAAGUGCAGCAUCCAAUGCUAGCCGGCCAGAAUGACUUUUGCAAGCGAAGGUCCCCCAUAUCCGACUCCGGGGUCAGCGAAAGGUCCACAGAGUACGGAUCUGACUGGGAUGAAGACCUCACCUUUGUCCUCAACAGUCUGUGA